AUGCCUGUUCCUUUGCUCCCAGGGAUGGUGCUGGUGCGCACGGACGCGGGACAGCUGGUGAUGGUGCCCCAGCAGGCUCUAGCCCAGGCUCAGAUGCAGGCUCAGGUGCAGACACAGGGACAGGGCCCUGCCAACCUGUCACCCAGGCUUUCUGUGCCCACCACUGGCCCUGUUUUUCGCCUGUCAACAGCUCAGCAGCCCACGUCCGUGGCCGCGCCCGCCGUGCGCCUGGGGCUGCUGCGUGCGGCCAAGUGGUCCACACCGCCUGCGCCCGCAGCGCCGCGCACGGCUGCAGGGGCUGUGCUGGCACACACCACGGUAUCAGUAGCUACGACAAGUGCUCAAAAUUUGUUCAAGACAACAGUAGCAACUGGAAGUUCAGCUUCUCAGCAACCUGCAGUGAUCACUGGUGGGCAGAGUCAAGGCUCAGCACAAGGCCAGGGGCAGCCUCGGCUGCCGCUGCCCCCUCACACGGCAGCUCCGGUGCCAGCACAGCCCCUGGUCAUCCCCAGCUCUCCUGUGCCUGGAACCACAGUUGUGUCGCAGGAAAUGCAAGAGAAUGUGAAAAAAUGCAAAAACUUUUUAGCUACCCUUAUAAAACUUGCUUCUCAUAAUUCACCAUCUCCAGAAACGUCCCGCAAUGUGAAAGCUCUGGUUCAAGAUUUGUUGGAUGCAAAGAUUGAUCCAGAGGAAUUUACAGGCCGCCUUCAAACGGAACUCAAAUCAUCUCCUCAGCCAUACCUUGUCCCUUUCCUUAAGAAAAGUCUACCUGCCUUGAGACAAUCUUUACUGAAUAGUCAGCAUUUGGUUUUGCAAGGACAGCCGUCUCAGCAGCCUCUUCAACAAAGCAAACUCUCACAAGUGAUACCUCAGUCUGCCUCGGGAAGCAUUUCCUCUGUUGUCACCACACAGACAAUAGGAAUAAGGCAACCAAACAACAUUUGCACAGUCUCUGUAUCAAAUACAGUGCAGCCUCCUCAGGUUAAGGUGGUACAGUCAAAUCAGAGUUCUCAACUGCAGAUUAUCCAGUCAACAUCUGCUCAAACUGUGAAACGAACCCCUGCUUGCCAGACUACCCAGAUUAGGAUGCCAGUGGUAAUAACUCAGACCAUUAGACCACAAGGCACAGUAGGGAAGGCACCAACAAUACAAGCCAGUAAAAGUCCUGGGGGCUUUGGUGUUCAGGUCUCUGCAAAUCAGAAAAACAAGCUGAAUGACCCUGGAGGUGGUUCUUUCAGAGAUGACGAUGACAUCAAUGAUGUUGCCUCUAUGGCUGGUGUUAAUCUUAAUGAAGAAAGUGCCCGAAUCAUGGCCACCAACUCUGACUUGGUUGGAACCCAGAUCCAGUCCUGUAAAGAUGAACCCUUCCUUGCUGCUAUACCUCUCCACAAACGCAUACUUGACACGGCUAAAAAACUAGGAAUUACUGAUGUGCCAGCUGAGGUCGUUACUUUUAUUUCCCAUGCAACACAAAACAGAUUGAGGACAGUGAUAGAAAAAGUGACAGUGAUAACCCAGCACCGGAUGGAAUCAUACAAAGAUGAUGAGUGGUACGAACAAGCUACAGAUGUCCGAGCACAGUUAAAGUUCUUUGAACAGCUGGAGCGUUUAGAAAAGCAAAGGAAAGAUGAACAAGAGAGGGAAAUCUUGUUAAAGGCUGCCAAGAGUCGCUCAAGGCAAGAAGACCCAGAGCAAGCUAGACUGAAACAAAAAGCAAAGGAGAUGCAGCAACAAGAGCUGGCCCAGAUGAGGCAGAGGGAUGCCAAUCUCACGGCACUGGCAGCGAUCGGUCCCCGCAAGAAACGGAAGCUGGAUACACCUGGACUGCUCUCCAUAGGAGGGGAGGGUCUCGGUGUGUCUGGUGGGAGUCAGGCUGGCCUGGGCACUGCUUCCCCCAGGCAGUAUCCACGACAGAAAAUAACACGUGUAAACCUCAGGGACUUCAUCUUCUACAUGGAACAGGAACGAGAAAUGAGCCAUUCUCUCCUGCUCUAUCGAGCUCUGCUUAAAUAAAGCCAACAGUUGUACUGAUUGCUCCAUACAGAAGCUCAACUCGCAUUGAAAGCUGUCAUUUUAAUGUGCCUUCUAUUUUUUUCAGAAGUCAAUGUUCCAGUAAUUUUGUUUUCUAAAAUUGUCAGACACAUGCAAUAAAUUUCCUUUAUGUAAAAAAAAAUAAUAAUAUAAAAACCACCAAAAAAAAAAAA